AUGUCAAGAGAAGAAUAUAAGGUUUUGAAUACUGCUAAAACGCUCGACGAAGCUAAUGCUUUAGUACAACAGCUUGAUGUGUCAAAAUAUCGUACGUCAGAUUUACGUGAUGGUACAAAAUACUCAUACAGAUGCCGUUAUUAUCGGAAGUAUACAUUACGCCGAUAUGAAGUACAAAUUUAUGUUCCAGACAAUGAAUUUACUAUGAUUAAAUUAAUGUACAAAAAUGCACAUUGCCACGAACAGCGCAAUGUUACUGGUCGUUUACAUUCUCCUAUUCGAGAAUCAGAUAAUAAAUAUAUUAAAUGUCAACUCACCCAAGGUCAAAUUAAAAAUGCGUUAUCUAUUGAUUAUCCUAAUAUUCCAUUACCAAUUAAUCAAUUGACAAAUUUAAUAAAUUAUACUCGACGACGAGAUAAUCCUGAAAUAUUCUCAGUAUAUGAUUUUAAUCGAUGGUGCAUGAAUCAUAAUUAUGAUGAUAAUUUAUUAUAUUCAACAUUUGUACCUUAUUAUCAUUCGAUUAAAAAUAUUGAUGAUAUUUUUGUAUUCUUUACUACGAAACAAUUAAUUCAACAAAUACAAUUUACAGCUUUAUUACAAGUGGAUGCCACCCCGUUUGGAAUCGCUUUGGUGUCCAGUGACGAACAUGCAAGUUGUUUUAAAGAAUUAUUUAUUCAACUUCAAAAUAUAUCAGCUAAAUAUUUUAAUCGUCAAUAUAUUGUUAAUUAUAUUAUAGCUGAUGGCGCACCAGGUAUCACCAAAGCUCAACAAGAAGUGUUUCCACAAGCAAAACGUCUUAUGUGCUGGGCACACACUGUCAGCAAAAUCCGUGAACAUAGAAAAUUAGUACCAGCAGAUAAGUGGAAUGAAGUAGAUAGUGAUAUCCAUAACUUACAAUUAUGUUUUUCAGAUAAUAUAUUUAAUUGUGCUGUAUCAUUAUUAAAAUUGGAAUGGGAUAAUUAUCCAUUAAUGAAACAAUUUCAAAAAUAUUUUUUCAAUGAAUGGAUUAAGAAAAUACCUGUGUGGUAA